AUGGAUCUUAACAUGUGUCUCUUGACACGGGUGUCUACAUAUCGCCGUAAUGGCGGUAAGCAAGACACUAACAUGAGCGGUAAGAUCGCGGAGCUGUCGGGCAGAAUACUGUCGCAGCAGCAGUACUCACAAAUUUUAGAGCAGCGCAGGUGGCUGCAAGGGUUGCUUAAAGGGGUCUCUCUUGAUAUGGGUCCGAAAGAGGAAGAGAAAAGCCCUUCUCCUGUUGUGUUGCCAUAUGGUUCUAUUGUGUCUGGCACCUCGUUUACAGACGGCGACGCGGAUUACAUAGUUUCUUUCCCAACUCUAUCUGAAAACACGCGACAGAGCGGCGCAUGCGUUAUUGGACGUGAACGCCAGGAAAAGUUCCUUUCCGACAUAUUUUCCCACAUUCGCAAGUGCAACAGCGACGUCGAGUUGCACCCACAGCGAAUUUUUCGUGCAAGAGUGCCAAUAGUGCAGUACGUGCGCAAAAGCCCCAAGGAGAGCACCAAAUUUGAUCUUUCUCUCUCGUUGGACGGACUGAAAAACUCAUUGCUACUGAGGCAGUACAUGGCAGGUGAUCCUCGACUUCGGUUGGGAGUGUUAGGCGCCAAGCAAUGGGGAAGAGAGCAGCAAAUACUGAACGCGCGCCGAGGCUGGAUCUCACCGUACGCCCUGUCCAUCAUGUACAUUCAUUUUAUGAAGGAUACAGGCCGCACAGGUCUUUCUUUUGACGAGGAGGCAGUUAGUCAACGAGUGAAUGCGAUCGUAUCCACUGCAGCGGAGUCUGAAGGUGAUAUCAGCCAUGUUGAUGAGUUGGCCUCCAUCUUGCCUCUGCAGGAAGCCGAUAUCUCACUUGUGGAAAAGGAUGUGUUUGAUUUCUUCGCCUUUUACGGUACUCCUGGUGGAUUCGACUUCGACGCUUUUGUAGUCGAUAUCCGCUCGCGAGAACGCUUCUCCAGUAAAGACCAAUGGUGUCAGUUCCUAGGUCAACUUGACGAGAAGGAGCGCUGGCACCUUCUGGGCCACGAGGUGAUCCUUCUCCGAGAUCCAUUUGAGCCUCAUAGCCUCGGCCGAAGCGUUGAUUUUUUUCGAGGAGAAGAGCUUAGAGAGAAGUUCCGCUCCGCUGCCGUGAAGAAAGAGCCACUUUCACUUUUCGCAUCGCUUUAA